UUUCACCGUGAAUACUUGUCCCUAAUAAAAAAAUUUUAUUUAAAAAUAUAUAAAAUUUAAUUAAAAAAAAAAAAAAUUAAAAAGUGAGUUAUAUAAAAAAUAUUACCAAUUAAAAAAACUAAUAAUGUUUGAAUAAAAAAUUUUUUUUCAAAAUCUAUAAAUAAAAUUGGAGUACGCGCUUUGUCUUUCGUGUGAAUCGGGGGUGUGAUUCUAUAAAAAAAAAAAAAAAUAAUAAUAAUAAAACUAAAUAAAGAAAACAAGGAAACGAGCCUCGAAAAUAAGUCAAUAAUGAGGGACAUGGCGGGUAAAAUAUCAGAGCUUAAAUUUGAAGCACCUCUUGCACGUUUUGAAGAAGAAGAUACGGCGACAUUAAAAAAUAUGAAUUUACUAACAGUAGAGCAGUUGCUUGACGCUAGUUUGGAUAUUAAUUACGGUGAAAAUUGCAACGCAAAUGAGCCGACACAUGAAACAACAACAACAACAACGACAGAUAUAUUGCAAGAAGGUACAUUCAGUCCGUUCAGUGGGAGUCUUGAGGAUCUUGUAAAUACAUUUGAUGAGAAAAUAACAUCUUGCUUUCGAGAUUAUGCUACUGAUGUUGAAACUCUUGCUCCAGUCCAAGUAAGGACACAAGAAGAGAUAAUGAACGAAUGCCAGAUGUGGUGGACAAUUACUGGUACAUUUGGAAGUAUUUUACCAAUUGAUUGGAGUAAAUCAUAUGCUAGAAAAAUGCAUAUGCCGUCACUUAAUCUUAAUGAGCCAUCAGUUGAAUCAAUGGAAAAACCUGAAUUAGAAGAUUUAAGUAGCGAGGAUGAAGCCGUUGCGACUGAUUUAGAUAUGCAUGCAUUAAUAUUAUCAAGUAGUACAGACGCAACACAUAGUCCUGAAGAGCCAUUAAAAACCGCUGAAGAAGUGUUACGUGAAAUUGAUGAUAUCAUGCAGGAAAGCCCAUCAAUGGAAAGGUCACCCGAUACUGACGGAUCGAUGUUAGAUACUGAUGAAGUAUUGGAACGUAGUCGCGAAGUACUCGGUUCGCCGCUUUAUGAAAAAAAACUGAAACAAUUGUCAUCGAAUGAAUUAAUUGGAUUGUUGGGUGAAAUGGAAGCACUUGUCGGUGCAUUGAGCGAAACAUUAAUUGCCGAAUUGGCAUUGCGCGAUGAAUUAGAAUUCGAAAAAGAAUUGAAGAAUCAAUUCAUAUCAUUACUACUCGCUGUACAAAAUCGACGUAGACAACACCAUGUUACUAAAAAACGGGGCAAUGGUACCAGUCCCUUACCACAGCAUAGAUCAUUACAGGAAUCUAAGUAUCUUACUACUGUCAUACCAUAUCAUACAGACAAUGGGCCCCCAAAUAAUCAAGCGCUUCAGGUUUUAAUUAAAAUACUGAAAGCCAUUAAUGAAGACAGUCCAACAGUCCCUACACUAUUAACUGAUUACAUUUUGAAAGUUUUGUGUCCAACUUAAUGGGGCCAUUGGCUGGUUUAAUUAAAAAAAAAUGAUUGAAGAAACUACGAUAAUAAAUAAUUAUUAAAAAAUGGAUUAAAUAUAAAACUUCUUGCCAUUUUGUGCUUGCAACCAUUGUUGUACUGCAUUUACAAUUUAUCAAACCAACCUAUAUAUUUAUAUAUAUAUUUGCUUUGUUCCGCUAUGUAUUAUCAUUAUAAAUUAUUUAUUUUUAAGAUACAUAAUCGUGUUCUCACACAGUUUUUCUUCCACCGUUUAUUUAGAGUCAAAAUUAUUACUAUUGCGUUAGUAUUAUUUUUAUUAAUAUAGAAAAUAUUUUUUUAAAUUUAAAAAAAAGAAAAAAAACUUUGUGAGAAUAUAAGCUCAAAAAUAUUCUCUAAGUUUGCCACACGAUGCUCUUUUCUAGUCUUUCGUUUACGCUUUAAAAAAAUGUAUUAUACUGCUUUUUUUUUAAUUAUUUAAAAAAAAAAUUAGUAAUUUUUAUAUUUCAAACGUUAAAAUUAUUUGUAUGCAUGAUAAUAAUCAUUAUUAUUAAAAAAAUAAUCGAAUAAUAAAUGUGACAAAAAUAAUGCAAUACGCACUUAUAUUUAAAAAAAAAUGAUUACAUAUAAGUAUUAUUUAUAUAUUCAGUUUUUGUUUAUAUAUAUAAUCAAACUAUUAUUUUUAAAAAAUAUAUACAUAUUUUUUUUUAUAUACGUCAAUUGAAUUCGAAUUAAAUGUAAAUAUUUAUUCAAUUACGUUAUGUCAUAAUUAUAAAUAAGAAAAAACCAUUUUUUUUUUCAUACGCUUUGUGGUAAAGAUACGUGUGAUCAAUAUAAAAAAUAACACAGCUGAUAUUAUACAGUAGUUAAGUUUAUAUUAGCUUUAGUAUCUCGGCAAGGGUCGGGCAAAAUGGAGACGCUGAAUAUUUUACUUUUUCCGAUUAUUAAAAAAAAAAAGAGAAAAAUUUCUGAUUUUCAUGAAAAAGAAAAUUUUUAUUUCAAUGCAACAUCGGGAACUUCCAAGCAAUGAACUUUACACGAUUUUAAAAGAUAUGUUAUUUGAGAAAAAAAUUUUUGCGUUCCCUGUUGUUCAGAACGUAACUCAUUUUAUCCGGCCCUCAAAAUAUAUAUCAGUGUGUUAAAAAAGAAUAAUUAUGAUGAUAAACAAUAAAUAUUGUUUAUGUGCGCUGUAAUAUUAUAAAAAAUAUAUGAAACCUGACAUUCAAAAUUUUUCUAAGUUUCAUUUUUUUGAAAAUUUAUUUCAUUAUAAUUUAUAGGUGUAAGCCCUAAAAUAUAAUAUAAAGAAUAUCAAUUUGGUGGUUUUGUAAUAUUUUCAAAAUUUUUUGAGACUGAUAUUAAAUUGCAAUAAUUAAAAAUUUUAUUAUCAUAUGUCAUUACCAUUACUAAUGAUAUUUUUUAUUUAAUUUGAAUAUUUAGUGAAUUUUGAUCAUACUAAAAAAUUAUUUAUUGGCGCUUACAACAUUUCGGAAUGUCAAGUCUCAUUUAUCAACACGCUCUGCCAUUUUGAAUAAAUAAAGG